CGACUUUCGACUGGCAUAUGUCAGUGAUAUGCUUCACUCCUGUGUGGGAUAGCGGCGCGCCCAGAAUCUAAUAAGUGCUAACCCCGCGCGCGCCCAUCAGCAACGAGUCAACGCAAGCAGCCAGAUGAUCCAUGCCAGAUCCACGCCUUGUCGCUGUCGCCCGUAACUAACUCAGUCAAACCCAAACCCCUUUCGCUCCCUCCCACUCCCAUUCCCACGGGCCAGCACUACUACACUACUACUCUACUCUACUCCUGGGUUUCAGCAGCAAGUGGUGCGCUUCCUCCUCCUCAUCCUCCUCCUCCUUCUAUCUGUCGUUUCUUCAAUAAUCACCUUCCUUCGUCGUCAUUUUCUGUCCUCUCUCUCAUAUCCACACUCUCUUACUCUUCUCAUGCUGUACAUUUUGUGGAAUAUUUGACUUCACUCUCCUUAUCUUCGCUUCUUCUUCUCACAUUCCUUCUUUCUCUGGUCGUCGUGCGUCCUGGUUGUCGCCCACUCCUUUUUCUACCCACCUCUUUCCCCCUUCUCCCCCUCCCUUCUUUGGCCAACUGCGCGCUUCUUCCUCGUGCAUCAGCCAAAACCAACAAAACUUGCAGAGCAUCAACCCUCCUCCUCCUCCUCCCCCCCCCCCUUUCCAUUCAUUAUUCUUUGAUUCAUAUCUCUUCCAACUCUCUGCGCCGCUGUUGCUUUCAGCCCUUUACAUUGACCCAACUAUCCCUCCUUUCAAACCAGCAGCUGGACUACGCUCUUCUGCCUCUUCCGGCAAAAUACACACAAGUACCUAGUGUACCCCAUUUCCAGGAAACAUAUAGCGUCUCGUGGAUCAAUCGACUUCUUAGUUAUUUUUUUAUUGCCAAACCCGAAACCCGAAACCCGCUUGCGUCGUGGUUUGGGGCUUAUAUACCCCUUGAUUUUUUUUAGUUUUUCACUUCUUUUCUACUUGUAUUUGUUGUUUCGGUUUACAUUUAUCCUUCUUUUUAUCCGACGGUUACGUCCACCGGCGUGUGUGGGGGAUCGAUAACUCCUGACAUCUAAAAAGGGAAGCGCAAACCCUCCCCUCGCAUAGGUGGUUUGUCGUUCUCACUGCGACAUACAAUUACAUCCACCAAAACCACCGAACUCCUCAAAAUAGGCCCCGAUUUGUCUUUUAACAGAUCAGAGAAGUUGCUCAUGGCGACCUCCACUAUGUCCAGCUCACUGAGCAGAGCGUUUACCAAGCGCCAGCAGAAGCCAGUCGUUGUUUCCGCACCCAUGCCAUAUCGCGAAGGCCAACAGAAAUUCGCUGCGGGAACAAUCAAACGAAAGGAUAUCUCUUUGCCAGUGCGAUUGUUGUCAACCACAAACCUCCUCGCAUACAAUGCGCCUGAUCUCCCCAAAGCUAAAUCUAAAAUCAAUAAAUCCCAGCCAUCGCCAGAAUUAAAAAAAUCCUCCGCAUCACAAGCCAAUUCGUCGUCCUCCUCCUUCCGCUCCGGUUCGGACUCAGAUAUUACAAACCCAUCUUCUGCAUCUUCAUCCUCGUCUUCUAUUCCCUCGCCUUCGCAACGCUCCGGCACCCCAAUCACCUCUCCAGACCUGUCGACCGAAGAAGCUUCACCCAUCACACCAGAACCGAAUCAUCUCUCUGGUUUCUUCGACUCUCCCAAGCGCUCCAACUCAACACACCACUACACCCGCUCCUCAACCUCCUCUUCCAUCUCCCAAACCCCAAAGCUCCCCCAUCGAUCACUAUCGCAUACAAAAAAAUCUCAUCAGGAAUUAGCUCGCCAGAGAUCAAUAUCUAAAGACUCAACCACCUCCCUCACCCACUCCCAGUCCGUAUCGAACUCCCACUCCCACUCUCUCAGUCGCAGCCACAGCACCCAAAGCAGUACCCGCUCCUCCCGCCUCAGCCAAGAACGACUCCACCAGGUCCCCGAAGACUCCGCACCCAACUCCAUCUCCACCGCUCAACAACCACACCCUUUCGGCAAGGAGCUGGAGCAGGUCAAUGAGGUCGCAGAGGAAUUUGCUACAGUGCGGAACGCUGUGAUUGUGGAGGAGGAGCAGACGCUGGUGCAGAAGGGAUUGUAUAAAUUUGCGGUGGAGGACUAUAUCAUGGAGAUUGAAGGGCUGUAUCGGAGUACUUUUGAUGAUGUGGUUGGGUAUAGCAGUGGUGGGAAGGGAUAUCGUGGGAAGGGAUAUGGUGGUGAUAGUGAGAGACUGGUUCGCGGGAAUGCAUGGAUAUAGGAACACACGAAGAGAAAUUUUUUUUUCUAGAGGAGGAAUAUGCUGCUUUCAUUUCCUCUUCUGCUUAUGAUUGACCGCUUGAUGGACGUUUUUUCUUUUCUUUUUCUUUUUUCUUUUUUCUGUUGUUGACUGUGUUCUGCCAUAUUUCUCUUGCCGAGCGUUUUCCGCCCAUCCCAUCCUCCUUCUCCCCCGUCAUCUGGUUGCCCUUCGUUUUUAAACCAGCUGGCUUUUUAUUUUAUCUAACCUACUUAUCUAUGUAUCUUGAUCUGAUUCCAUUUGACCGAUCAAUUGACCGAUCAAUUGACCGGGCUAUUGACACGCAUGUGAAAUAUUUACAUUAUAUCCCCCCAAAUCGUCGCUUCAAUAUAUCUUGUUUUACCAUUUCUUCUUUCUUAUCUUCUCCCAUGUAUCUCAAAUUGCAAAUAUAGGUAGCUACGUUUUACUUUUUGACCUCCCCAUGAUGGUAUAAGCAUAGUUCUCACAAAAAAUUUACCACCCCGCUUUUCACUCCGUUUUCGACUCCCUCUUUUCCCCCUCCUUAUUCCUUGUUUAAUCUGCUCAUGUAUUGAACCUUGUUCUUUGGCUCAUUAGAUUUGAAAGGUUAGGUAUGUACUGCGUAUGGUUAUGGGUGGGUGGGUGGGGACUCCUUCUUUUUUAUUAUUUCUAUUUCAAGUUUCCUGGAACAAAAUUGCUUCAAAGCAGGCCGGGGGCCGGACCGUUGAUUCUGAGAAGAGGAAUCAGAAAAUAUGGUUAUCUUAUUAACUAGCUAGCUCAGCUAGCUAGCAGCUCCCUGAUGAUCUACACACAUACAAAAAUUCGCAAAUCAAUUAAAAAUAAAACCUUGUUUUGUGUGAACAUUUGAUAUGAGAA